UUAUCCGAGGCAGAACUAUGAGAAAUGCAAGUCAAUGCAUCUAAGGAAGUAUGGAUGAAAUAACAGAGAAGCAAGUUGUUGGUGAUUCAACCAAGGAAAUAGCAGUCAUGGAUGAAAUGACAGAAAAGGCGAAAAAGUACAAAAUUCCAGUGGAAAGCGAUGGGAUGGCGAGAUUGAAAAGAGUUUUUACCAUUGAUGAUGAGAAAGAAGGACUGACACAGGAACUGUACGAGAUGAUCCUAAUCCCAUUAGCAGGCUUUAUUGGGGGUGCUAUUUAUGGUGGUCUUCCAGCAGCUCGUCAUGCAAGGCAUCGCUUCAUAGAUAUGUCCAAUGCAGCGAUGUAUACACAUCGGAUAGAGGCAGUGAGAGCUGCUCAGAAUGCCGGGUCACGAGGGUUUAUACGUUACGGAUUCAGAUGGGGCUGGAGGACAGCUUUACUGGCAGGAGGAUUUCACUUCUUGGCAACGAAUCUAGCAAUUUACAGAAAUAAAAGUGAUUUACUGAAUUAUGCAGUUGCUAGUGGAACAAUGGGAGCUCUUUAUAGAUUUAAUUUAGGUCUUCGAGGUCUUGUCGGUGGUGCUUUUGCUGGAUCAUGUCUUGGGAUUCCUGCUGGUGUUGUUAUGAUAGUAGCUACAUACACUUUAAGUGGGGAAACCAUGUUGGAGCGUUAUCGUCGAAUACGUAUUGAAAUUGCUGGGGAAAAAUGGGAGGAUUUGGAAAUGAGGAAGACCAUGACACCAAUGAUGUUAGAUUAUAUGGAGGAAGAAUUAAGAGCAAAGAAUUUACUUCCAAAGAAAAAUGAAGAACAAUUAUGACAGCAAUGAUAUAAUGAUCUGAUCUAAUGAGGUCAGAUCCGAACAUGCCAAUGACCUGAUUAGGUUAAUAAACUGACCUGAUCAGGUCACUGGUUUUAUGUAAUAUAGAUGACCUUGGGUCAGUGAAAAGAGCUAAUAAGGUUUAAUGAUUUGAUUAGGCUUUGCCUUUCAAUUUUCUGCUUUAAUUUUAAAGUUUUUUUUGACAUAAUAAUAGAUAAAAUAUUGAUUUUUUUGUGUAUGUAAAGUCAUUUUCAGUCUAAUAAACUGACAAAAUGAAUUUUAUAUAGUGAUUUCAUUCUAUAAAUCGUUCAUAAUCAAGUAUUAUUCAGUUGGUCUUCGAAAAAGACCAACUUGAGAAGUUUACAAAUUUUCCCCUCUGUGAUGAUGUGCUUUGUUAACAUCAGAGGUCCCAAUUUGGGAGAAGCCAUCUCCAUAAGAUCUGGUUAAAUGAGUUUUCUUAACCCAUCUAAUUUUGGGGCAUUUGCCAGGUCGGGACCCCAUGUCGUCCGACGCCAUGACUAGGUAGUCAGUCAGAUGAAAAAUAAAAACAAUAAUAAUUUGCAUAUCCAAAUAAUGUUAUUUUAAUUGCUAAUCCCUAAUGUAGUCCAAAAGCACAAUUUGGAGCACACUAAGCCAUAACAAAUUUCCUUGUGAACCUUACUAGGAUUUUUUAUCUGGGCAGUCGACCGAGGCUCUAGUCGGGCGCUUGGUUUGGACCCUUUGUCGGCAAAUUUCUGAAACCACCGCUGCACCCAACAGCAGUUGACUUAAGUGAGACAAUUGAUAUAUACAGUACAUGCAUCUAUCAUGGAUUUGUCAAAAAAAGGGUUAUUUUCCAGAAGAAUUUUACUUGUUCUCAAGAGCGCAGAAACUCUGACAAUUUUUGCAACUGGAAGGAGACUCAGAAUCUCUGUUACAUGUUAGGGUGGUUUGCAUUUUUUGACUUGCAUUUACUGGUACGUACUUUAGAGACAAACCUAUACACAAAAUUUACUUGUCAAAUUUCAUCAGGAGCGAUGCCACUUAUGAAGGUACUUU